AUGGCGGUGUAUUAUAAAUUUAAGAGUGCAAGAGAUUAUGAUUCAAUUCCCAUGGACGGUCCUUUCAUCUCUGUUGGUACAUUGAAAGAAAAAAUAUUUGAAUCCAAGCAUUUAGGGAGGGGUACUGAUUUCGACCUUGUGGUCACCAACGCCCAGACCAAUGAAGAAUAUCUUGAUGAAGAAACGUUGAUUCCUAAAAAUACCUCAGUCUUAAUUCGUCGGGUACCAGGACGGCCACGUUUACCAAUUGUUACUGAAACACAACAAAAGGUGGAAAAUAAGGUAAUGGAGUCUGAACCUGAAAACAGAAGCUUACCAGCUGAAGAUGCAUCUGCCAUCAAAUAUCCUGAAGAUUCAGAUUGGGAUGAGUUUGGUAAUGAUUUGUAUACAAUUCCUGAUCAAGUGCCUGUUCAAUCAAGCAACAUAAUUCCAGAGGCUCCUGCUCCUAACAAAGCUGAUGAAGACAGUAAGAUUAAAGCCUUUGUUGAUACUCCAGCCUUGGAUUGGCAACGUCAAGGUUCAGACUUUGGCACUGGUAGAAGCUUUGGAAGGGGUACAGGUGGACGGAUGGGCGGUGGGCGUGGUUUUGGGAUGGAGCGGAAAACACCUCCACAAGGCUAUGUAUGUCACAGAUGCAAGGUCCCUGGACACUUUAUUCAGCAUUGCCCAACAAAUGGUGACCCAAAUUAUGACAUGAGAAAAGUCAAGCAACCUACUGGUAUUCCAAGAUCCAUGCUGAUGGUAAAUCCACAAGGCUCCUAUGCUUUACCAAAUGGUUCAGUAGCUGUCUUGAAACCAAACGAGGCUGCUUUUGAGAAAGAAAUAGAAGGGUUACCAUCAACACGUUCAAUUGGAGACCUACCACCUGAGCUCCAUUGUCCCUUGUGUAAUGAUGUUAUGAAAGAUGCUGUACUGACAAGCAAGUGUUGCUUUAAAAGCUUUUGUGACAGAUGUAUUAGGGACUAUAUUAUCUCCAAGUCUGUUUGCGUAUGUGGUGCAACAAAUAUUCUUGCAGAUGAUCUCUUACCCAAUAAGACGCUAAGAGAUACCAUCAAUCGAAUAUUGGAGUCAGGCAAUAGCAGUGCUGAAAAUGCUGGGAGCACUUUCCAAGUUCAAGAUAUGGAAUCUGCUCGAUGUCCGCAGCCUAAGAUUCCAUCCCCAACCUCAUCUGCUGCGUCCAAGGGUGAACUAAAGGCUUCGCCUGUUAAUGAAAAACCAACAAAUAUACAGGAAACAGCUGAUGAUAAAAAGGCUGUUUCUGCUCCACAGCAGACCUCAGAGCAAGUAAGGAACCUCAGGGUUGCUGAUGUAUCUGAAGCUACUCAUGAGUCUAUGAGUGUGAAAGAACCAGCCUCACAAGGGAGUGCUCAGCAGGUUGAGGAAGAAGUGCAGCAGAAAUUGGUUCCUGUUGAGGCUGAUUUGCAGUGGAAAACUCCUCAUGACUUUGGGGUUGAGAACUACAUGAUGCCAAUGGGUCCACCUCCAGGCUAUAAUUCGUACUGGAAUGGUAUGCAACCAAUGGAUGGAUUCAUGGCACCUUAUGGGGGUCCAAUGCAAAUGAUGGGCUAUGGUCUUGGUCCUCUGGAAAUGCCAUAUGCAGGUGGUAUGCCACAAGACCCAUUUGGCAUGCAAGGUUACAUGAUGCCUGUUGUUCCACCUCAUAGGGAUCUUGCUGACUUCGGUAUGGGAAUGAAUGUUCCACCUCCAGUUAUGAGUAGGGAGGAGUUUGAAGCCCGGAAAGUUGAUAUGAGAAGGAAGCGCGAAAAUGAGAGACGGACUGAAAGAGACUUCUCCAAAGAUCGAGACUUUGGUAGGGAAGUGAGCAGUGUUGGGGAUGUUUCUUCAAUGAAAUCAAAAACUAAAUCAAUUCCACCGUCCUCGGGCAGCGAUUACCAUCAUCACCGUUUCCGUUCAGAGCGGCAGUCACCAGAACGUUCUCCGCGGGAGCUCGAACCUCCGCGUCCAGCCAAGAGAAAGUCCGACCACCAUUCAGAUCGUGAACGGGAAGAGAGGGAUCGCGACUACGAGCCCGAGCGUCACCACCACCACCGCCAUCACCGUUCAGAAUCCUCGUCUAGAAGGUCAUCAGAACCAGUGGCGAAAGCUCCAUCCAACGCGGCAUCAGCGGCUGCUGAUCGCAAGCAGAAGGCCAGCGUGUUCUCCCGCAUAAGUUUCCCGGCUGAGGAGGAACCCCCCAAGAAGAGAAAGGUCACUGCUUCUUCGACAACGGAACCAGCCACCGCUGCUACUGCUCCCAGUGCCUCUUCGGCACACCUCAAGACAGUGUCGAACGGUUAUUACGAAGGGAGGAAGAGCAGCACCGUUGCGGAUUACGAAUCGAGCGACGAUGAGCGGCAUUUCAAACGGAGACCUUCGAGGUAUGAGCCGUCUCCUCCGCCUCAGGCGAUGGAGUGGGAGGAGGAAGGAAGGCAUUCCAGAGGUUCGAGGGAGCGCAAACAUAGGUGA